GUUGCAGAAAAAUAUGACAUGGCGACGCGGGAUUGUGUUGCUUUAUUGGCAUCUUCCGCCUACAUUUUAGUUUUUUUCCGACAGUUUCUAUCUAUGCCUGAGCAGCACGUAACAAAUCAUGACAGCAACGCAAGAGCUUCGAUUACAUCUUCAGUACGUGGUCCGACUCCGAGCAUUCGAGUUGAACCAACGCUGAGAGGCAAACGUGUAGUCGGUGCCAUUGCUGGAGACGAAUAUGGAUCACGACGAGGAUGCUCAAUUGAAGUAGCUCCUGCUCCAAGAAACCGUCCAAAGAUCUAUCAUGUCAGUCGAUAUCCGAACAAGGAGCCAUCGGCAUUGCCCACGACCAGCCGGAAGGAGCGUCCAUCGUCUUCGUGUGCUUGUUCAGUCACAAGCACAAUUUGCAGUAAAAAUGGAGGAGGAGAAGAGGAAGACGCAGACGGACGGGGUGCAGGAGCUUCGAGUACUGACUCGUCGUUCAAGAAGAUCAACCUUUCAGAACAAGGUUUUAGUGAGCCAACCUACGAAAUCCUCGGUCAUCGCAUCCGAGAAAGCUUGCUACUCCAGAACGAGAAUAAGUACGAAACGAAAACGAGCCAGAAUCAGGAGAUAAACAGGAUGGUGGAGAAGACAACCACAUCAACAGCCGUGGUCUCAUUUGGAUCUACAACGAGUCUCUCUCUACAACCUGGCACAACACCAUCUCAAGUCAUUUCCUUGUCUAGUAACAAGAUCGGCUAUGCUAUCCUGACUUCUUGUCGUAGGUUUCGCCAAGUGCUAAGUCAAGUAUCGCGUUUGCUUGCUUCCGGUGUUUCCUCGAAGGAUAUUUACGUCUUCUUCGCACGCUGUAAGCCUGCUUGGCUAGAAGAAUUGACUCUCGAGGAAUGCCGGUUUUUUGCGAAAAGUGCUAACGUUGUUCCCUUUCAGGAACCGCAGCUUUUCACACGAUGCGGGUCCAAUGGCGGAGAGCAAGGUCGAAUCGUCUCAUUACCAGUCCUAGGCGAAUGGGGCUUGCGCGCUUUUCCUAAGUUGGCAGACGCGCACAAAAUCUUCCAAGAACAUCUUUCGGUUGUUCCACCCAAUCGUCCAAGCGCCAGUACAUCAACGCGGCAAGGCUCUAGAAGUACUACUGCAAAAGCUAGUAAAAGGCCUCCGUCUCUAGAAGACGCGGAAGAAGUGAACUUUUUUCGGCGUUUUGCUAAUGUAGUGCGCACUCAUCCCAUUCAAUGGAAGGAAACGGAUUUUCGCUUGAGAAUUUACCUCCUCUGGCAAAUGGGCGUGAUGUUUGCGAAGGAGGAAUAAUAUGGCAAGGAAGGUUGAAAAAAUCUGGCUCAUGCAACUCACUCAUGCAUUUGCAUUUUGUUCCAUCUACUGCAAGAUUGAUGUUGACAUGUUGGAUGAGUCACGAUAAGCCGAACUCAAAAGCCUCUAACUUCUUUCUUUCGCAUUUUUCUUGCAGGAUAACGUGGAGCUGUCCGGAAGUUUGGUGGAGUACCUAGAAUUCGGCGCACGCGUUUUAGAAUUGGACAACUCUUUGCUAGGAAUCACCGCUUGGAAUCUUAUGCAGGCUGCAAAAGAUGUGCAACAUUUCGCGGAUGCGACAGGAGGAAAGGGCGGCGGAAAAGGAAAUGAGUAUGGCAAAUGACAUUGAAGAAGUUGAAAGUUUUCAAAAAUUUCAUCACGGCCUGCGAUCCACCUGACUAAUAUGCACCAGUACUUCUCUAAAACAUGAAAAAAAUGUUCUCUAAUCCCACAAGCCAAAUUUCUACUUGAUGCGGCAAUCGCACUUUGCAAACGUGGCAUGGAUGACCAGCCGGGACACUUUUCAGAAUAUUCUCUUGCCCUUCGUCUCUCAGACAGAGCAAUGGGCAUGGGGUGGUGAUUGGUCUGAAUUAAUGCGCUUAUUGGUCAAACCAAAUCGUGCUCUUUUCGGCGUACAGAGAUUUGCACGAUGGGGUCCGGAACUAGGAAAAAUGGAUAGGAGAACACGGAACAGGUCCUAAUAAGUAUUAGAGACCAUGAAUAGUUCUGUCUCUGAUUGUCUUUCUUUUGUUGGAAGAAUUCAUCUAGCAUAGACGUUAUUCCAAACGCGGCAGUAAAGGUUAAUACUGAUUGCUCCUGCACUCGCGACAUUCUCCUUUCCUUCACAGGUACCGCACAUUUGAUUCCACAGGUACCUCGCACCUGACUCGUCUGAGUAUCAGGUCGAAACUCCCGAAGACAAGUGGGGAAUCCAUAAGUCACGGGUUGCUUUUCUUUUACCCUCCAUAUCUCUAGUCCGCCACGUUGCCGCGAUUUCAACAGCCCAAGCCAACAGUCAGUUAAGGUCACUUAAUAGAAGAUGAAGAAACUCAUCUACCUCUGAAACAUCUUACUUCCUUGGCUCCGUUUCUGAAGGAGAAAAGUAGACGAGUAGGAUUCGGGUAUGCUUACCCUUACCAAGAGGGAUUUCCACCCAAGUACGAGUUCUAAGUCUGUCUGCGGCUAAAAUCGCUCAAUAUGCACUUGUGAAUAGCAUGUUGGAACGAGCUAGUCAUGUUGCAUUUUGGACUGGGAGUAUUUCCGAUUGGCCAUCACCACAAUCGCUCGUUUCGUGGCACUACGACCUAGAAUAUCUAGAACAGGAUUUGCUGGGGUCUCAUCUUCUGCCUACUGUCGUGGUCGAGGAGAUUGGGGGUGUAUCUUCGAUGGUAACUUCUUUGGCUUUGUCUAGCCGUGGCCAACAAGAAACAAGGAAUAGUGUGGUGCGAGAACAGAAAUUAAGAAAAACAAGCUUGUUCAUGUUCAAUACUCCUGGGAAGUGCAUUUGCUCUUGCUGUUUGUCUUUGCGCUCAACUUGAAAGUCGUUUCGUACUUCUCAAGAUUCAAUUGGUAAAUUCUCAAGAAGAGACUUAUUUGCCGCUGUGCCUAGUUCUAGUCUGCUCUAACAAAGCGCUUUUUCCAGUGUGCCCAAGUCGUGUGCGAUUCAAGACCGAGAAGCGACCAGGAUCUUCACGGAUGGAACCAAGCCUUGUCGAGAUCUCUAGCUGCCUUGGCCGACGUCAUUCACAAGUCCAGUUACAAAGGCACGGUUUUAACGCAAUACGACAAUCGACGCAUUUUCAUUGUUGCUCGCUAUUCACCAUGGUGGCACAAGUUUUGCCGGUCGUGAUGACCCAGUGCCCUGAAGCCUGGUGCUUCGUUCGUUUCUACUUGCUCUUGCUUCCCGUAUAUACCGAUUUUUACACAGUACGAUAGAAGAGCCGAAGUCGCCACUUCAGAGCGCUGCAGGAGAUUUUUAUCCAUCGGCACUCCAAAUAAGAUCGCCAUGAUCUCCGCUUGCGUAGUUCUCAGCAGCCUUUCUGGUUUUUAUUUGCUGUCGACAUUUUUAUGCGUAGCUAUCGAUUUUACGGCAAGAGAAGGAUCAUCGAUUUUCUUAGUUUGUGAAAGAGUACCUUUCUCCUAGUUAGGUCGGCUCCACCACAAGUAUUAAAUAAAUAACAGAACAAGAGGAAGAUCUCAAAUAACAGAAGAUACGACGAAUUAAAAUCCACUCCAUUUGUGAGGGUUAUCAACAACUGGUCUACGCUGCCCGAAAACUAUGGUUACAACGUCGCACUAGGGUAUCCUCGAUCCUCAAGAAGUAUGCUCAUCUAACUCGAAUGAAACACAAACACCCGUUGUAUCUAGAAUGCAAAUACGCCCUUACGACGUCUUGAUAGGUCCUGCAACUAUGAUGCUCUGUGCUUCUACGUGCUGUCUGUCCACUCGGUUCCCCACGCGAGCAAGGAAGGCAAUGCGAAACCUAAACAAGCGAAAUCGUGGUAAAUGUCAUUGUCAAAAAAAUGAAGAAGAUCUCUGAU